AUGACAAACUUGUUGGCAACUUCAAUUCUUCUCUUGAUCAUUCCAUGUUUUGUAUACAGUCAAACAUGCAUGGAUUCAGCAUCAGCUUGUACAUCAUGGGCUGCAAAUGGUUUUUGUACAAAUUCAUUUUAUUCGGCAGCAACUCGUCAAUCACGAUGUGCAAAAACAUGUGGAUAUUGUACAGUAACCGCAACAACAACUGGUUCAUCAACUGGUUGUUCUGAUAAUUAUGCAGCAUGUCCAUCAUGGAAAAAUAAUGGUUUUUGUACAAAUCCAUUUUAUACUGAAGCAACUCGUAUUCAAUAUUGUCAAAAAUCUUGUGCACUUUGUUCAGCAACUGCAACUACAACUGUUGCAGCUUCUGAGGAUACUACAACUGAUGGAGGAUAA